AUGACGGGGUUAUUAAGCAUUUUGUUGCAUUGCAAGCCUUCUAACAUUGACGAAACAAAGGUUUCUGCUCCAGAACCUCAUUCGGUUCAAUUCUGUAUUCAGCAUACUGAUGAGCAAUCUUCUGGAACCUCUCCUUUGCAGGAACGCGUCAAAUUUGCCGUCUUGCCUACUCGAGUUGAUGAAGGACAGUCCAGAAAGCCCUGCCCAUACGGGAAAUCUCCACCCCCAGUUAUCAGCAAAAAUCAGCUGCUAAACCGUCCUCAAAAAUCAUACGUUUGCGAUGGUCAUAUUAAAGGCCAAAAUUCUAAUAUGCUGCGUAAACCCUUGGGGCAUUUGAACAAAGAACAACAGUAUGUUAAACAGCCUCCUAAAAUCACUUUUGCUUUAGGAAAUUUAACAAAUGAAAAAAAUCCGACUACGUCGGCUUCCCGUACUGCUACUCCCAAGCAGGUUGCUACCACCUGUCGCGAUGUGCUGGAGGAUGUGUUAAAAAAGGAGAACGAUUUGAAGGUUGAGUCUUCUGAUGAAGAAGAAGAUGAUAACGAAUUUGCUUAUCCUGUGAGAUUUCAAAAAGAUGUUAAUAAUAUUGGCAAAGGUAAAACGUAUAGACCUAUAAGGUCUCCCAAACCACCUGCCAAAAAGCUCAAUGUUUCCUCUUUUGAAGAUGAAACCGAAGAAGAUGAUGACGACGAAAAUGAAAACGAUUCAGAUUUUUCUGACGAAGAGGCUGAUAGCGGUACCGACGAAAGCGAAGGGGCUGUCUCUGAAUCUUCUUUAUCCAACAAUGUCGGUGAGAGACGAUCACCUUUAAAAUCUCCUUCAUCUCCUAUACAGACUGCUGCUCCACCAUCCGAAAAUUUAAUUCCGGAUGACACUGAUUUUGUACCUGGUACGUUUGAUGAAGAUCAACCUGCCUGUUUAGCGUUUGCUUCUUCCUUAGCAAAUCAUUCUCCUAAGUAUUUCCUAAUGGUACCUCAGGACAUAGAUCCUACUUUUCCAGAUUCUGAUUCUGACGAUGAAUUUGUGAAUGAAAAAUCAUCUAGAGCCCAGCGAUCAUCUGCUAAGGCUAAAUGGAAUCCCAAACACAGCAGUAACAAUGUCGAAAAGAAGUUUUCGUUGGGAAUGUCAAAAAAUAGCAGAUCCCCCCCUGUGAAUAUUAAUCGAAGACCGUCGAUGGCUUAA